GACAGUCAAAAUGAAAACCACCACCGCUGCUGUCCGCAUACCUUCCCAGUCCUCAUUAAUAUCGGCACCCUCAUAAAUACACAUGUCGUUUGGUCAUAUCUGUAUGUCUCGAUGUUAAGCCAAACCUCCACGAAAUGUCUGCUUUCAAAGCAGUGUAUCAAGAGACAGAUCAGAAGCUCAAGUAGCCUGGGUAAUCGUGGCCGAGCUCUUACGCAUUCUCGUCCAGCGGCUGUAUCAGAUCGAGGGAACCAGUCACUCUAUCAGCUAUCAUUGGAUCGUUGGUUGCCUCGGAGAUUACUACUUACAGUGAGCUCUUGCUUGGUUUAUCCGUUACGAAAUAUGUGGUUGUGAACCAAGCAUCGUAUCUGGUCAGACGUCGAUUUCAUGGCUUCUCCAUCCUCAUCGGUAGCAAAGGCUCGCGGCCUCAAAGAUAUCCAUUCCGGAAUCUUGCAGCAGCAGUCAUAUUGGGCCUCUUCUUUCGUUCUCUGCGCACCUGCGAGGUCAUCGUGUCUGUUUGUAAUGAACAGCAAGAUGUGCAAGCUAGUAUGAGAAAUGUGAGAAAUUUCAUAUCUUUCACAAUUAUUCCCCUAGACGGCAGUGUUAUGCGUUUGCUAUGCAAAAAGCGUCGCUACUUCUAGUGGGGAUUCACACCGGGUGGUGUAAGCUUUACCACUUCAUCGUUCACCUGAUGGACAGCCAAGUUUUCCUCUUUCUACAUGGAGAUUUGGCUCUGAGACCAAGUUCAGAUAUGCGCAUGGUUCCAAUGCACAAGUCAGAUACUGAUACGUCUCACAACACACCAUUUAACAAUAACAGAACUCAUCACUCUACACUGCCACAGUUCGUUAGAAUGGCCCACUAGUUUUUUAGCAGUAGAGUCGUUUGUGCCUUGGUAAUCAAGUGCUCAUUAGAAUCGAUAUGUGUUUCGAUUGCCAAGGGGACAACCUCGGUCUCUUGUUUUUUCAAGCGAGUCAUCACUCACGGAGCUCUGCACGAAGAAUCGAUGUUGUUCAGUCCUGGGGUGAGCUAAUGUGAGCUGACCCUCGGCAAUAUUU